AUGGAUUUCUCCGUUUUGCCAAACAACAACCAUCCCGAUAAGUUCCUACAACUGGAGGUGAAGUCUUUAGUGAAAAACUCUGCCUUCCUCCAAGCCAGCCUGGCAAAAUUCCCAGAAGCAGCUUUGCCUGGAGUGCAGCGGUGGCACAACAGAGUCUAUUUACAGAGAGAAAAGAGAAAUGUCACGGAGCUGCCUGGCCUAGGACUGAGCAGUGUCAGCCAAGAAAUGAUAGACAAAGCACUCGGGAAGCAUAUUACGCCCGUCACCCUGAAAUCCACAAUCAAAAGCAACCCCUUGUACAGUGAUAGCCAUGUGGAUGGUGACUGGGAGGAGAAGAAAAAGACUCCUUCCUGGACGGCGCAAGACUUCGACAGGCAUUCACUGCACUCCAACUUGGCCAGCAACAUCAAGGAAAAUCCGGAUGAUCUGCAGUUCUGGAUGGGGGAUAUUUAUACUCCUGGGUAUGACACCUUGUUAAAAAAGAAAGAGAGAGAAAAAAGACAUGCCAAAUGUUGCCGAAUCAUCCUGCUCACGGUACUAGCUGUUUGCAUCCUGAUUACCAUAGUCACGCUCAGCAUUUUACUUAUUUAA